AUGGCUAUCGUUAUAAACAAAAGAAACGUAAGGGUCCUGGUUAUUACUAAUAUAUUACUGAUCUUGGUGUUCUUAGUGGUAAGGAGCUCGAACGCUGACGCUAGUGAAGCUGUAAAAAUCAUCCACCCUGGUUCUUUGGCAACAUUCGACCAGUCAGGAAACGCUCCUGGUACACCUGAAUCUGCUGAUAAAGCGGUGACAAAUAAACAAGAUAAGGAAGUUGGUGAAACUAACGAAGAUAGCAAGGGAGUCACAUUUGAUGCUGCUGCAGAGUACGGGAAAAUACUAGAAUACUCACCCUUCGUUGUCUUUAGCAAAACUGGUUGUCCUUAUAGCAAAAAACUGAAAAGCUUAUUAGCUGAGUCGUACGCAAUCACUCCAAGCUAUUAUGUCGUAGAAUUAGAUGAGCAUGAGCACGGAAAGGAGCUGAAAGACUAUAUUGGAGAUAAAACUGGUCGGAGUACAGUUCCAAAUGUUGUUAUCAAUGGCAUCUCUAGGGGUGGUUAUACUGAGAUGGCGGCGCUACAUGAAAAUGAUACGCUAGUAGACUCUUUCAAAGAGUGGAGUAGUGAUAAAUUCACUGUGAAAGCAACUUCGCAAUCUGAGCGGACUUAG